GCCAUGCCACUGAAACAUUAUCUCCUUUUGCUGGUGGGCUGCCAGGCCUGGGCUGCAGGCUUGGCCUACUAUGGCUGCCCUAGCGAGUGUACCUGCUCCCGAGCCUCCCAGGUGGAGUGCACAGGGGCACGCAUCGUGGUGGUGCCCACCCCUCUGCCCUGGAAUGCCAUGAGCCUGCAGAUCCUCAACACACACAUCACUGAACUCAAUGAGUCACCGUUCCUCAACAUCUCAGCUCUUAUUGCCCUGAGGAUCGAGAAGAAUGAGCUGUCGCACAUCGUGCCUGGUGCCUUCCGCAACCUGGGUUCACUCCGUUACCUCAGUCUGGCCAAUAACAAGCUGCAGGUUCUGCCUAUUGGCCUCUUCCAGGGUCUGGAUAACCUUGAGUCCCUCCUUCUGUCCAGUAACCAGCUGGUGCAGAUCCAGCCAGCCCACUUUUCCCAGUGCAGCAACCUCAAGGAGCUGCAGCUGCAUGGCAACCAUCUGGAAUACGUCCCUGACGGUGCCUUCGACCACCUGGUGGGACUCACCAAGCUCAAUCUGGGCAAGAACAGCCUCACUCACCUGUCACCCAGGGUCUUCCAACACCUGGGCAACCUCCAGGUUCUCCGGCUAUAUGAGAACAGGCUCUCGGACAUCCCCAUGGGCACUUUCGAUGGGUUGGGCAACCUCCAGGAGCUGGCCCUCCAGCAGAACCAGAUCGGUGUGCUCUCCCCUGGCCUCUUCCACAACAACCGCAACCUGCAGAGACUCUAUCUGUCCAAUAACCACAUCUCGCAGCUGCCCCCCGGCAUCUUUAUGCAGCUGCCCCAGCUCAACCGGCUCACACUCUUCGGGAAUUCCUUGAAGGAGCUCUCCCCUGGCAUCUUUGGGCCUAUGCACAACCUGCGGGAGCUUUGGCUCUAUGACAACCACAUCACUGCUCUGCCUGACAACAUCUUCAGCAACCUCCACCAGUUGCAGGUCCUGAUCUUAAGUCGAAACCAAAUCACCUUUAUUUCGCCAGGCGCCUUCAAUGGGCUGUCAGAGCUUCGAGAGCUGUCUCUCCACACCAAUGAGCUGCAGGACCUGGAUGGGAAUGUCUUCCGUAUGCUGGCCAACCUGCAGAACAUCUCCCUACAGAACAAUCGUCUCAGACAGCUCCCUGGAAACAUUUUUGCCAAUGUCAAUGGCCUCAUGACUAUUCAGCUGCAGAACAACCAGCUGGAGAACCUGCCCGUGGGCAUCUUCGAUCACUUGGGGAAUCUGUGUGAGCUGCGACUUUAUGACAACCCCUGGAGAUGUGACUCAGACAUCCUUCCACUCCGCGGCUGGCUCCUGCUCAACAAGGCCAGGUUAGGUACUGACACUCUCCCGGUGUGUUCCAGCCCAGCCAAUGUCCGAGGGCAGUCCAUCAUCAUCAUCAAUGUCAAUGCCCCCAUGCCCAGCGUCCAGGCCCCGGCAAUCCCUGAAGUGCCCAGCUAUCCAGAGACACCAUGGUACCCAGACACCUCCAGCUACCCUGACACCCCCAGCUACUCUGACACCACAUCUAUCUCCUCUACCACUGAGAUCACUAGCUCUGUGGAAGACAUCACUGAUCUGACCACCAUCGAGGCCACCGAUGACCGCAACACAUGGGGCAUGACCCGGGCCCAGAGCGGGCUGGCCAUUGCUGCCAUUGUCAUUGGCGUCAUUGCCUUGGCCUGCUCGCUAGCUGCCUGCAUCUGCUGCUGCUGCUGCAAGAAAAGAAGCCAGGCGGUCUUGAUGCAGAUGAAGGCUCCCAAUGAGUGUUAGGGAGGCAGGCUGGAGCAGGGCUUGGGAAGGGUGAGACUGGAGGGCCUGGGAAUGUGGACUUUCAGACUCCAUCCCUG